CCCUUCAUCCACCGCAUAAAUUUGCAAGCUCAAGCAUUACACCAUCCAUCAUCAAUCUCUUCCUUCAAUAGUUCAACCUACUCGCAAAAUUCUCUACAUCAACCAAUGGCUACCCUCAAUCGCCUCUCAUCCAAAAGAGACGUCACUUACAGGUGUGGUUCUUGUGGCUAUGAGCUCAACCUUCACUCCUCGAACCGCAACACGAAGAACAUCGACUACUCGAAGUACGGGAAGGUGAUCAGGAAAGGGGUCGUCUCCUUCGUCGAAGUAGACGAGAGCAGGUUCUCUGAAUUCGAAGAGAUAGGUUGUAUGAACAUUUUUGGGCGCCGAACAAAACUUGCUUGCAAAAAGUGUGGCAAUUUUAUUGGUGCGGCUUACUACGAGGGUGCAGGUGAUAAAUACAAAAAGUACGAUGUUAGGAUCAGCGCUUUGCAGCCUGCGGAUUGUAAGGAGCUUUUGCAAUGAGAUGACUUUGUUUAUGUUGUGUUUUCUGAUUGAAUAAUAAAUUGGUGUGUGUAUAAAUUGUACUGAAGCAAAUGUACAUGUCUUCCUUUGGAUUUGGAUCUCUCCACUGUCAAAUUCUGUGGGGAGUCCAACAUUUAUUAUAACUUUCUUUUAUUUGGUA